AUGCCAGAUGGGGAACACAAUAGGAUAUCCCCCCCCCCCCCCAAAAAAAAAAGUCUUGUUUUUUCGUGUAUAUAUAUAUAUAUAGCUACAAUGGAGUCUAUUAAAAUUGCGUCAAUUACAAUUCUUACUCUAUUUAUUCCUUGUAUCAUUGUUGGAAAUGUAUUGGUAAUUUUGUCAGUGUAUAAAAAUGAAACCAUGCGUACACCAACAAAUCUAAUACUGGCAAGUAUGGCGUUUGUGGACCUCUUGGUUGGACUCAUCGCCAAUCCUCUAGAAAUUUUGCUCAUGAAGAAUGCCUCUAACUGUAUCCCUCAACUGCAACUCAUGGCAUUCCUCACGCUUCUAACAUCGGGAGUAUCUUUCCUUCAUAUCGUAGCGGUUACAGCUGACCGAUUCAUUGCAGUAACGAGGCCGCUGCGUGUUGGCAUUGGUAGUCCCUAUGUCCGAGAUGCUGAGAUCAGUGCUUCUUGUGAUAGGAUUUGCAUCAACUUCAUUUAG